AUAUAGAAGAUUGCAUGAUUUACAUAGCUAGUUUGAAUUGAAGCGCCCCUAGAAUGGGGGAGUGGGCCUACUGGACCGGAAAGCCUUUUACCAGAUAAGUUUUAAGGUUCUGUUGUGACUUAUACCUCGACUUAUACUAAUGGAGAAGCAGAAAGCAACCAUAAAAGAGUCAUCAGCAGGUAGAUUUUGUAACAGUAUUAGUAUUGAAAGUCCUCCAUUAUCAGCAGCAAGCAUAAAGCAAGACGAAAGCUCUACCGGCGAACAUGUAAACUUGGAAUAUACUAUUUUUAAAAAGAAUUUGCCUCAACUUAAUGAUAUUCUAACAGGAAACCCUGAAUUGAUAAUAAAACUGGCAAUACGUCUAUUUGCUGAGAAAUCCAUUACUAAAACUACGUAUCAGAAAGCAGCCGAUGUGAAUCUUGGAGCUGUUGUUAGAGCAUAUAAUCUAUUAAAUUCAGUUCUAACUGCAUUGCAAACAAAUCCUAAUCGAAACGAGAUAUUCAAGAAAUUAUGUAUAUCAUUGGAUGAAUUGGAAAUAGAUACAACUAUGCUAAAGCAUCAAGAAAACACAGUCACAAAGACAGAAGGUAAUUCUACUGUGGAAUCACUGGAGCAGCAAGUUGCUGCUUUUAGCAUUGAUAAAAAUCAGGAUGAUGCAGGACAGGGAAAUGAAUCAGAAGCAGAUAUGGUAGAUGGUGGAGCUCCUCUCCCUGCUGUUCCUAGAGAGAGUGAGCUUAUGAAUGAUGUUGCUGCUAAAGCUCCUGAUCAAUGGAAGAACAUUGGCACAAUGCUUGAUAUUCAGUUUUCACAAUUGAAUUCUUUUAGUAUGCAGUAUCAUGCUGAUCCAAUGGACUGUUAUCGUGCUGUUUUUCAACAUUGGGCCCGAAACCAGUAAAAGCUGUCCUCCUUUCACUUGGGAUACUGUUGUGGAGGUACUGGAAUCACAUGUUGUUUACAGAUGUGAUCUUGCUGCAGAGAUUAGGAAAAAAUACUUGUGACUUUUAUUAAUUUUUUACAUGCACUAAACAAUUACGACUUUACAUUUACUUAUACAAAGACCUUAACUUUGCGAACUAUGA